AUGAUGAAAGAUGCCAAAAAACAGGAAUCCGUCAUUCUUGAAGGAAUGCCAAUCAAAGUUGAAGCAAACUCAAAGGAGCUGAAUGUUUCUCAAGAACCACCAAACGGGGCAGGGGCAAAUACGUUAAGCUCAGGGUCAAGUUCAGAAGCAGAAGAUCUAAAGAAUCAACAAGUGGACACAAAUGUUGGGAGGAUAGCAGUGAGACCGGGGUGGGUUCCUCUGCAACCACUACCAGAGUCCCUACAAUUGCAUCUACUUGAGAUGUAUCCAGUGUUGCAUUCCAUUCAGAAAUAUCUUUGGCCCAGACUGUGCAAGUUGGAUCAAUUGACAUUAUAUGAGCUACACUACCAGAUGAUUACAUUUGGAAAGUUUUUUUGCACAAAAAGUAAACCAAGCCAUAAUGCAUGUCCAAUGAGAGCUGAAUGUAGAAACUUUGCCAGUGCUUUUGCAAGUGCAAGGCUUGCCCUACCAGGUCCAGAGGAAAAAAAGAUAGUGGCUUCAAAUGCUCAUAUUCCAACAGAUCGAGCACCAUAUGUGGUUAUUACGCCUCUACCACUGCCUGAAGCUGGCAAUAAAACUGAAGGGGAUUUUGAGAAGAAAUGUGAACCGAUUAUUGAAGAACAAACAACACCUCAGCCCGAAGCCACAUAA